CCGCUCUUCCCUUCGCAACCCACCCGCACUCGACAGCACAAGGACCCCGAGAUCACCGGCAUCGCGUUGGUCUAAUGCAGUUGAUGCAGACGGGCUCGGUUCUUGGUCUGCUUGAGGCGAAAGCGUGGCAGGCUUGUACAAAACUAUGGCCAGGCUGAGGGGUCUCCUCCCGCUGUCGGGUCGUGGCGGCAGAAAUGGAGAUGCGUAUAAGUAUACGCGUUUAGGCGAGGAAGAAGGAGAUGCUGGGACUGGGGAUCAAAUUAUUUCGAAGGAAGCGAAGCAGAAGCAGAGGAGACGCGCGAACAUUAGGACUUUUGCUGUCGCCAUGAUCUUCUUCCUCGCAAUCCUCGGGGCACUGCUGGUGUCUGGAUCGUCCGCCGCGCCUAAGGGCAAGUCGAAUUGCGACUCGGUGCAAGCUGGCUACCAAUGCCAACCAGAAAUAUCUCAUUUCUGGGGCCAGUAUAGUCCAUUCUACAGUGUAGAAUCCCGAAUCCCGAACGACAUUCCGCCAGCUUGCAAGGUCACUUUUGCUCAAGUCUUAUCAAGACACGGCGCCCGUGAUCCAACUGCAUCCAAGACGAAAGCCUAUAACGCAACUAUCCAGAAAAUCCAAACCAGUGCGAAGGCAUAUCCCGGCAAAUAUGCCUUUCUCCAGAAGUUUGAAUACACUCUCGGAGCUGACCAGCUCACACUUUUCGGAGAGCAGCAGAUGAUCAAUUCUGGUGCCAAGUUCUACCAGCGCUACAAGCAUCUUGCCAGUCACCUCACGCCAUUCUUCAGAUCUGCCUCGGAGGAUCGUGUCGUGGAAUCUGCUCUCAACUUUACUCAAGGCUUUCAUCGCGCCAAGGUUGCAGAUUUCCUCAGUGGGUACCGAGAUGGCGCAUAUCCUUACCCGCUGGUAGUCAUAUCGGAGGACGAAGGCUCUAAUAACACGCUGAACCACGGCUUAUGCACCCAAUUUGAGGAUGGUCCUGUCAGCUCCAUCGCAGACAACGCGCAGAAGACCUGGGCCGAUGUUUUCGUGCCGCCAAUUCAGAAGCGUAUCAACAAAGAUCUCGGAGGCACAUCUCUUGGUGUGUCUGAUACCAUCUACUUGAUGGAUCUUUGCCCUUUCAGCACAGUAGCAUCUCCAAACGGCACAAUUUCUCCCUUCUGCGACUUCUUCACAGUGAAGGAAUGGCAUCAGUACAACUACUAUGAGACUCUCAACAAAUAUUACGGUUACAGCUAUGGCAACCCACUCGGUCCAACCCAAGGCGUCGGCUUUGCCAACGAACUCAUAGCCCGCCUGACAAACUCAGCUGUCCAGGACGAUACUUCAACAAACCACACUCUGGACGACGACCCGGCCACAUUCCCAUUGCAAAGACAGCUAUAUGCAGACUUCAGUCACGAUAACGAUAUGACUGCAAUCUUCUCUGCCCUCGGUCUGUAUACUGCGAAUGAUCCGCUCUCGAACACAACUGUCACUGAAGCCAGCCAAGCUGAUGGCUACAGCGCGUCCUACACAGUACCUUUUGCAGCUCGAGCAUAUUUUGAGAAGCUUCAAUGCGCUGGUCUGAAGGAAGAACAAGUUCGCGUGAUCGUGAAUGACAGAGUUCUGCCAAUGAAACAAUGCGGAGGCGAUCGACUAGGCAGAUGUUCCUUGAGCAAAUUUGUCGACAGUCUGAGCUUUGCCCGGAGUGGCGGUCAUUGGGACCAGUGUUUUGUGUAAACAGCGUCGACGAAAUCACGGUAACAGCUUUCGAUACAAAACAACGUUGUUGGAAAAGCACCGCCUCGGUGAGCUCGACAUGUUUAGCCCCACUUCGUCUGCCGCUACUACCAUCACAGUCUCAAAUUGAGCUUCACC